AUGUUAUAAUAAAGUAAGCAAUUAAGAUAGCAAUAUGAACAAGAACUAGAAUAAUAACUUACAUUUGAUAGAAAGACUAAAUUCAGAUACUACGAAAGUUAGCUACAUCCUAAACCUAAAUUCUUUAAAUGUAUUAAAACACCAACCAAAUCCUUUUUGUAAUAAUCUAUUAAAAUACCAAAAGUGGAAUAAAGUUGUAGAGAUUUUAUAGAAAUGAAAAACUCUUUGUUUUAAGAUUAAAUUUCCAUUAUAUAAACUUUUUGUCAUUGUAAAUUAGAAAAGUUAGCAAUACUAUUAUAAAAUCGGAAAUUUAAAAAUAUUAUGAGAUAGGCAAAAUAGAUUGCAAAAACUAUUCUUUUUUCUAAGGCAAGAAUACAGAAUUUAUAAAAGCAGAUUUGGUGUGAAUUUAUCAAAAACUAUAAUAAAUAAGUUUAAAAGUAAUAAUAUUAAUAAAUUGCUAAUAAUUUAAAAGCUCAUAUAUAGCAUUUCCUUUUAAAAUAAAUUUUAUUUUAGUGGAGUAUUAUAGCAAAAGAGAAAAAAAGAGCAAUUAAAUUGAUUAUAAUGAAACAAUUCUUUUUAAAAUGGCAAAAAUCAUAUCCAAUUUCACCAACAUUAAAAUGGUUUUUUAAAAUUUGGAAGGAAUAUGUUAAAGAAAAAAAGGCAAAAUAAAUAUAUUCUUACUAAAGAAUUAAAAAAUUGUUUUAAUUUUGGAAAUUGAAAAUUUCCUUAAAAAAAGUGAGAGUUAGACAAGAAAUUAUAGCAAAGCAUCAUUAUAAUAAAACACUUGCCCUUUGUGUUUUUGGAUUGCUUUAAUAAAACAUCUUACUCAAUAGAGGAAACCAUUCAUAAUACUCAAAUGAAUUUCUAAAAUCAGAUUCCUAAAAUUAAACUAUAAAAUUACAAUAAUGA